UCUCAGUAGUAAGCAAACCCCGAAAAGCCUCUGUUCCGAAGGUGAAGAAGGAGCAAAGUCACUAUUUCAUACCUGAAGGCGUCUUCACUGGGGACAUUUAAGGAAAAGAAAGGGUCUGGGAUUUUCCUUCAUGGUUGGGCUGCCACAUCAGAAUAGCAGAAACAUCCUGCCAAGACAAUGACAGUCACUUACUCCAGUAAAGUAGCAAAUGCCACCUUCUUUGGAUUUCACAGACUACUCCUCAAGUGGAAAGGCAGCAUCUACAAAUUGCUGUACAGGGAAUUUAUUUCCUUUGCUAGUCUUUAUACAGCAAUAAGUGUGUUGUACAGAUUUUUUCUUACAGGAAGCCAAAAACGGUUCUUUGAAAAAUUAUCAAUUUACUGUGACAAAUAUGCUGAACAAAUCCCAGUCACCUUUGUUCUUGGAUUCUAUGUUACUUUGGUGGUGAACCGCUGGUGGAACCAGUUUGUGAAUCUGCCGUGGCCAGACAGACUUAUGUUCUUGAUCUCUAGCAGCAUUCAGGGAAGAGAUGAAUACGGGCGCUUACUUAGGAGGACUCUAAUGCGUUAUGUGAAUUUAACUUCCCUGAUCAUCUUCCGCUCAGUGAGCACAGCAGUAUACAAAAGAUUUCCAACCAUGGACCAUGUGGUAGAAGCAGGUUUUAUGACAGUAGAUGAAAGAAAAAACUUUGAUCAUCUUAAGUCUCCCCAUCUUAAAUACUGGAUUCCAUUUGUCUGGUUUGGAAAUCUAGCAUCUAAGGCACGAAAAGAGGGUAGAAUUAGAGACAGUGUAGACCUUCAGACACUGAUGAAUGAAAUGAAUAAGUACCGGUCUUGGUGUAGUCUUCUAUUUGGUUAUGACUGGGUUGGAAUUCCACUGGUCUACACACAGGUUGUCACUCUUGCGGUCUAUACCUUCUUCUUUGCAUGUCUGAUAGGACGUCAGUUUUUGGAUCCUGAGCAAGGAUAUGUAGGACAUGACUUGGAUCUUUACAUUCCAAUCUUCACCCUGUUACAAUUCUUCUUCUAUGCAGGAUGGCUCAAGGUUGCUGAGCAGCUUAUUAAUCCAUUUGGGGAAGAUGAUGAUGAUUUUGAAAUAAAUUGGUGCAUUGAUCGAAAUUUGCAGGUCUCACUUCUGGCUGUGGAUGAAAUGCACAUGAACUUACCAAAGAUGGACAAAGAUAUUUAUUGGGAUGAUUCAGCUGCUCAGCCACCAUACACACUGGCAGCUGCCGAUUACUGUAUUCCAUCUUUCCUUGGAUCAACUAUUGAAAUGGGGCUAUCUGAUACAGAGUUCCUUCGUGGGGAAAACUGGUCUUGGGAUGAUGAGAAAUACAGGCGACAGUCCUCAGUGCUGAGAAGAGUUAAGCGAUUUCUGAGUGUCCAUGAAAGCUCUCCUUCCCCAACCAGGAGGCGCUACAGCAGACAGACAAGUGAGAACUCAGUUUUUUUCCCUGCUCAUGAAAAGGGUCACAUCAGCAGUUUGCAAGAAAUGCAUUCUAGAGGGAGACAUUUUGCCUCAAAGGUCAAGAAGAAACAUGAGCUGGCUGAUAGGAAUCCCCGACUGCACACUAGCAUAGAUCUAGCACCUAUUAGUGAAACUAGCAGAACCAACAUUUUAGAGAGCUACCAAUCUAGUGAGAAUGACACAACGACCAAGACAGCUUUGCCAGUCCCCAAAGCAGUUGUCACUGCUACUGAGGACAGAACACUCAACGCGUCAGACAGACAGACUUUGCAGACAGACACCUCCACAAACGUGUCAACAGAACAGGAUCCCCCAGGCAGUCCAACUGAGCCACAUUCUGAUCCUGUGGAUGUGCCACGACCUCAUUCAGAAAUGACUAUGUCUUUUACGGAUUCUGGGCAGCAUAAAUCAUCCACCGUUGUAACAGAGGAACCAAAACCUGAUUUACAUAAAAGUAUGACAGCAGGUGAUAGCAAAGAUCAACACGGGAGCUCUGAAAGAUGUUCCCCAGACUUCCAUAUGCUCAGUGUUACAUUGCAUACAGAUGCUGCACCUCUUUUAUUGGAUUUCGGAACACCCUCUGGACAAAGCACCUUAAGUGGUGAAAGUAACAUUGCUGCUACCUCUACUGCUAGAGAUACAGUUGAUGUGCAUCAUUUAUUGGAACAUCUGGAUGCUAAAGAAACAGCUAUAGUGGAAUUCAUUAAUGAGAAGAAUGAAGGAAAUCUCUGACAAGGUUGUCAGAAUCUUCUAGAUUCCAAUUCUAUUCUAUUGUUUACAGUGGAGGAAAAUGAUUAAGAGCCCCUGCAGCCAUUCGGGGGUUCGCCAAACACAGAAAACUUUCAUUUUGCAAAACAAUUGGAACUUCCUGUCUCUUUUGAAACCUGUUCUUAUUCAGAUUUUCUGAUAAUACAGAAAUACAAACACCCUGCUCAGACCACACAUACAGUACGUCAUAUGGCUGAUCUUAUUUCCAAGGGAAAUUACUCAGAUUGCUACAUUAAAGCUUUCCUCUCUCAAUAAGGAUUCUGGCAGGGCAAUAUUAAAUUUAAAUUAAAACAAAAAUCUCAGCCAGCCGGGAGCCUCAUUCCCUGGAUAGAGCUCCCCAGCCAGUACCCAGCUUUCGCAGUGUUCUUCGGCCUUUCUCUCAGCAUGAACUCCACCUUUGAACGUGGCCCAGGAAAGGGACCUCAUGCUGUCUAAGGCCAUGAUGGAAAGGGGUGUUUUCCCUCUCUUUCAGCGGUGGGAAAGGAGAUUUCUCUCAAGCACAUACACGCCCAGUCUUUCUCUCUUGGAAUCCAUCCUUUUGCAAAUCAAAUUGCUUUUAUAACACAGCCAAGUAAUUAUUUCCCCAUCGAGUCUUAUUCAAAUGACAUGAAAUAGCAAGGAUAAGUGUUAAGGAAUCAUACUGAUGUCAUGCCAGUACAAUUCAUUAACAACACAUCCUCCUCCACCAUCCAGGGGUGUGGAUGGUUCCAAAGGCAAUGGAACUAAUGCAGUUACUCUACUCAUGGCAGGAGGCAGAGCACCCUCCCUGGGAGUGCACAGCUCCUGUGUGUGCCUGAAGCACUGCUCUGUGGCUUUCUCUAUGGUAGCAUAGGAAGGGCUGAGAAGUGUGGGAUGUGACCAGUGGAUCCACAGCUGUGUAGGUUCACUGACCAAAUUCCCCCAAGUCCUGCAUGAGGAGAAGGAUGGUCGUAGCUGCAGGAGGGAGUCUAUCAGCAGCCACAAAGCAGUUCCACCAUUUGGGUAAGAGGAUUCCAUAGCCAGCCCCCAGCAGAGCACAAGCCUGAAGAAAUGGGAGUCUCUCAGGGGUCAAGGAUUCUGGGCUACUGUUUCUUUUGUUUCCUUUCUCUCUGUCUUUUCUGAUCGCAGAGAUCUCGCCUAAUCUGCCUCCAGGGUCCAAUCACCAUCUUGCCACCAUCCUCAUUCUCAGAGAAGAAUGAGGGAGGAUUUGAUAGCUGCUUUCAACUACCUGAAAGGGAGUUCUAAAGAGGAUGGAUCUAGACUGUUCUCAUGGGUAGCAGAUGACAGAACAAGGAGUAAUGGUCUCAAGUUGCUGUGGGGAAGGUUUAGGAAAAACUUUUUCACUAGAAGGGUUGUGAAGCACUGGAAUGGUUAUCUAGGGAGGGGGAGGAAUCUCCUUCCUUAGAGGUUUUUAAGGUCAGGCUUGACAAGGCCCUGGCUGGGAUGAUUUAGUUGGGGAUUGAGUCUGCUUUGAGCAGGGGGUUGGACUAGAUGACCUCCUGAGGUCCCUUCCAACCCUGAUAUUCUAUGAUUCAACCUCCUUUCUCUCUGCUUCUAACAGACUCGUAGUUGUAUUGGAACAGAAUAAUCAUUUACUCCAUCCCAGACUUCAGAUGGCCCUCCCUCCCCCACAGUACUCAAUUGAAACAAAACUGAGCAUAUUUUCCCCACUCUUUAAGUGGGUUUAUCUUUCAUUGCCUGCCUUUCUAGUAGGCUCCACACCUCAUCUUUUACAUCAGUGCUUGAUCACACAACUUCUGACCAAUGAUUUAGAUGCUUGGCCUCCUCUUUCUUUCACACUUGUUCCGCUAACUAAAGACCAGCUACUGCAUCCAGCUGGUUGGCUGGACAGAGUUGUCAUUCAAAUUCUCUCCCCUCUGAUUUGUAGCUGCGUAGAAGGCCUGCUUUAUAGUCAUAUAGUAGGCCUGCUUUAUAGCCACGUAGUAGGCUAUAGGUGUGCAGUAGGCCUGCUUCUGUUAAUGUUUCAUUCAUGCUUCCAUUACAUGUAGCCAUGCACCAAACCUGGACCAGCAGCGUAAGAGCUUACAGGGCCUCAUAACACUGGAAAAGGAUACAGACCAGUGGGAAAAUGCUCUCAGGUGUUUCACAAAUAGAAACUAAUUACAGGAAUAAAUAUAAAUAUUCUGUCCAUUACUUGUACAGAAUGGGACUUAGUUAUGGCCAUUUUCAAAAUUUCCUCUUGUUAGUUAGUUUGUCUGUGAGCCUACUACUGCAUUCAUCUGGGUGCUGAAUUAGCUUUCGGACCAAGUUGGUCACCUAAGCGCCUCUUGCUACAAUUUUUUAAACUUUAGUUUAGUCAACUUACUAAUUAUAACACUAGCAGCCCCAACAGUUUAUGGUUCACGUUUACCAGUAUAAUCAAUGUAAGCGAUUUAUUACAUAAAAAAAGCUUUAUUAAAAAAAUGAGGUUGCUUUGGCUGUAUUAAACUAUGUCAAGAUAUGUCCCAACAAGGACCUGACCAAUAGCGUAGGUCACUUUGGAAAACAAGAGCAUCAGAGGGCAGGAGCUACAGAUGUUUGUAAAGCUGGAAAAGAGUGGGGAGAAAACAAGGGUAGAACAGAGGCAUAUGUCAAAGCAACAGUUUGUUACUGUCUCCUCGGGUUGAUCUUGGAGAAGGUGGGAUAUAUGACCAUAAUGUCCGUGGUAUGAUGAGCCGACCAAUACUGCAACUUUCUAGGUGUUCGCAUUCUAAGUCAGAGUUCAAGAAUCCAGAAUGUUCACAUUUUAUGGAACUUUCUGGCAACCCUCAUUCAUAUAUGACAGAAAUGUGAGUUGACUGUAAUUUUCUGUUAGAAUAAUAAUUGUAUGUAUAUCUAUACAAUGGAAAUGUACAAAAUGUAAUUCAACUACUUGUCUAAGGAAGCAAAAAUAUCCAGGGUGAUGCUAAAUAAAUGAUACAGCUUUAUAAUGUCUUA